UGACACUAACGAUGAAUUGUUUUUUUGUGUUUCAGGUUUGAGGAAAGAAACAUGAUGCUGGUGUGGGUUUUGGUGCUGACUGCACUGCUCGUCAGUGAUGUGGCAGGGAGAAACAAUUCCUUGGAAGUGAAAGAAACUCAGAGAGACAUUGGAAAACAUGAAAUAUCCAGAGGACCCUGUGAUGAAAACUGGUUUUAUUUUCCUCCUUUAAACUCCUGUUACCGGUUUUUCAGUGACAAGAAGACAUGGCUGGAAGCUGAGGAGUUCUGCAAUCACCACCCACAUUAUGGACAGUUGGCUUCUGCGACCUCGAGCGAACUCAACAACUUCAUUACCAACGUGGUCGACGCUGUGAACAGAGACAAGCCACAGGCAUGGAUUGGCCUGAAUGACAGAAGCAAGGAAGGGACUUACACAUGGAUUGAUGGAUCUACAUACAGUUACCACAACUGGGCAAAGGGUGAACCAAAUAAUAUUGAUAACAAUGAACACUGUGUGAACAUUCAUCGUUACCGAAUCCAAGUCUACACACAGCAGGGGGAAGGACACAUGGCAGCAGCUGUAAAUCUGAACACAAGGCCCCAGGUGAGGGCACUGUUUCUCAUGUGUCACCGGCAGACAGAUCUCUCGGAAGUCACAGAGAAGGAAUCUGCAAACUUCCGAAAUCCUCAUUCCUUCCUGUUCAACCCCUGA